AUGAUCUGGUUUACUUCAAUCACAUUUCCAUUAUUUGUUCUGUAUAUUUCAAUCACAUUAGUUGUUGCUUUCCAAAUUGGAAGGAUCAUAUAUAAUAAACAUAAGAAGUUCUCAUUCAGGUUUGGAUUCUUGUUCCUUGGACUGCUAUGGGGUGUUCUGCGAUCAGUGUUCUGGCUGACAUUCUACGUGGACACUAAUGGACUGGUCAGCAAUCUAUUGCUCAACAUACCAAUCAACAUCCAGUUUGCCACCUACUCAUUGUUGGUGCUCUUUUACGCACAUGUCGUGCAUCGUAAGACUUGGGAGCAGUCCACCAAGAAGUUAUUCACUAUAAUCUAUGUCUGUGUCAAUACUGUACUCCUUGUACUUCAAUGUGUUUGGAUCGCAUUCGAUUAUAAGGACUCACUCAAUCAACCGACACCAUCAUCGAGUGGCAGUGGUAGUAAUGGCGAUUGUGGAGGCGCAACUGACCAGCAGUUGAACCAGAUGGAUCAACUGAUGUACAUAUUGUCUGGUGUUGUCUUCCUUCUACUCGUCACAAUCUUGGCAGUAUAUGGAUGGAGACUAAACAGGAUAAUCAAGUCUACAAAGAGCGCUCAAUUACAAUCACAACUUCCAAUGUCCAUUAUACCAAUCACAUUCAUAAUAUUCCUUUGCUUCACAUCAAGAUGUGUCUUUGACUUUGUCUCUGCCAUUGGAAGCAUUCCAAGCAUUGACCUCGGAUGUCAAUCACUGGCACAGAGUAUUAUAGUCAUUGUUAUGUUCUUCAUUUGGGAAAUAUUACCAUAUAUUCUGAUACUUGUACUAUUCUGGAGGAUACCAACGACUCAGAUCGGUGGUCUGCGCAAGAGCAAUCAGUACUACCCAUCACCGACCACUGGACAGGCGCCACCAGGCCGCGUGAUCACUCACAAUCAGCAGCCAGGCGGUCCUGGCACGUCUGUUUAUGGACCCACAGCGCUACGACUC